AUGAUGGAGAAUUAUUCUAGUACCACUGAAUUCUACCUUCUAGGCUUUCAUGGGUCCCAAGAACUACACUAUAUCCUUUUUAUGAUAUUCUUCUUCUUCUACUCAGUGACAGUUAUGGGAAACUCAAUCAUCAUCACGAUUGUCUGUGUUGAUAAGCGUCUUCAAUCUCCCAUGUACUUCUUCCUUGUCCACCUCUCUGUCCUGGAGAUUUUCAUCACAAGCAUCGUUGUCCCUGUGAUGCUCUGGGCGUUGUUGCUCCCUGGGAUGCAGAGACUAUCACUAGCUACCUGUGUCACUCAGCUCUUCUUGUACCUUGCUCUGGGGACUGCAGACUUUUCACUACUGGCAGUGAUGGCUGUGGACCGUUAUGUGGUCAUCUGUAAUCCUUUGAGAUACAGCAGCAUCAUGAACAGUCGCACCUGUACGUGGUUGGUGAUUAUGUCGUGGGCAUUUGGGUUCCUUUCUGAAAUCUGGCCUGUCUAUGCUACCUUUCAGCUUACCUUCUGCAAAUCCAAUGUAUUAGACCAUUUUUAUUGUGACAGAGGGCAGCUGUUGAAACUGUCCUGUGACAACACUCUGUUCACAGAAUUUGUCCUCUUCUUAAUGGCUGUUUUCAUCAUUGUUGGCUCUUGGAUCCCUACAAUGGUCUCCUACACCUACAUCAUCUCCACCAUCCUCAAGAUCCCCUCAGCCUCUAGCCAGAGGAAAGCCUUCUCCACCUGCACAUCCCACUUAAGCUUUGUUGUCAUUGGCUUUGACUGCUGCUUCUUUCUGUAUGUGAAACCCAAGCAAACCCAGGCAGCUGAGUACAACAAGAUUGUUUCCUUGCUGAUAUUUGUGGUGACCCCUUUCCUGAAUCCUUUCAUCUUCACUCUCCGGAAUAACCAAGUCAAAGAAGUUCUCAGAGAUGGCGUGAAGCGCUGCUAUCAGCUCCUCAAAGACUAG